AGCCGGCACCACCCACUCCAGCCUCGCGCCUCAUAGACACACUUACUCGGGCGGCGUUCCACCGCCCGCACCCUCCCAGCUCUCCCCAGCACCCUCGCCCAGCCGGGCAAGGCUCUCACCAGGCGGAAGUCGUGGGACCCUCGCAAUCUUGCUGGUGAUCUCUGCAGUGAGCACCGCGAAGUCCUGCUCGUAACCUUCGAAGUCGGACGACAUGGCGGCUCCGGAACGAGUGGCCCAGGCCAAAGCCUAGGUCAGGGAAGGGGCCUCGAGGGGCAGCGAGGGGCCCCGCGGCUUAGGAACCCCGGAAGGUGCCCCCGAGAGCAGAACGGAGAACCGGUGACAGCUCUCAACCCAGCCGCUUCCUGGUUGUUCGUCGCAAUCUCGGUUCUCCGGAAAUUGGGUUGCGUGCGUGCUUUAUUUUCCGCUCCGACUUUAAGAUAAGUUGGGUUUCAGACCAAGAUACUGGAUUCUCCUAGUUAAGAUAAAGAGCUUUGGGUGCCUGACAGUGAAAAUGGUGUAAUCUGCGUUAACAGUUCACAGCUUGAAGGCAUGACAGUUAAAGAACACACAUGGACUUGUGGCACAUGGAAAUGUGCGCACAGAAAAAGGAAAUCUAUAAUUCUUUAAAAGUAGGAAGGCAUUCUUCCUUGCCAAAAUGGGUACAUUCUGUUCGGUUAUCAAGUUUGAAAAUCUACAAGAAUUAAAGAGACUGUGUCACUGGGGUCCCAUCAUAGCCCUUGGUGUUAUAGCAAUAUGUUCUACCAUGGCCAUGAUUGACUCUGUGUUGUGGUAUUGGCCCUUACAUACAACUGGAGGAAGUGUGAAUUUCAUCAUGUUGAUAAAUUGGACUGUCAUGAUUCUUUAUAAUUACUUCAAUGCCAUGUUUGUCGGUCCGGGCUUUGUCCCUCUGGGGUGGAAACCGGAAAUUUCUCAGGAUACCAUGUAUCUCCAGUAUUGUAAAGUCUGCCAAGCAUACAAGGCACCACGUUCACAUCACUGCAGAAAGUGUAACAGAUGUGUAAUGAAGAUGGACCAUCACUGUCCUUGGAUCAACAACUGUUGUGGUUACCAAAAUCAUGCUUCGUUCACACUGUUUCUCCUUUUAGCACCACUGGGUUGUAUCCAUGCUGCUUUCAUUUUUGUGAUGACUAUGUACACACAGCUUUAUCAUCGGCUCUCCUUUGGGUGGAACACAGUGAAGAUCGACAUGAGUGCAGCCCGGAGAGAUCCUCUUCCAAUUGUUCCAUUUGGAUUAGCUGCAUUUGCUACCACCUUGUUUGCCUUGGGAUUAGCUUUAGGAACAACCAUAGCUGUUGGGAUGUUGUUUUUUAUCCAGAUGAAAAUAAUUCUCAGAAACAAAACUUCUAUUGAGUCAUGGAUUGAAGAGAAGGCUAAAGAUCGAAUUCAGUAUUAUCAACUAGAUGAAGUCUUUGUUUUUCCCUAUGAUAUGGGAAGUAGAUGGAGGAACUUUAAACAGGUAUUUACGUGGUCAGGGGUCCCUGAAGGAGAUGGACUUGAGUGGCCAGUAAGAGAAGGCUGUCACCAAUACAGCUUAACAAUAGAACAGUUGAAACAAAAAGCAGAUAAGAGAGUCAGAAGUGUUCGCUAUAAAGUAAUAGAAGAUUAUAGUGGUGCCUGCUGCCCUCUGAAUAAAGGAAUCAAAACCUUCUUCACAAGCCCCUGCACCGAAGAGCCUCGAAUACAGCUGCAAAAAGGGGAAUUCAUUUUAGCCACAAGAGGUUUACGAUACUGGUUAUAUGGAGACAAAAUUCUUGAUGAUUCCUUUAUAGAAGGUGUUUCAAGAAUAAGGGGAUGGUUCCCUAGAAAAUGUGUGGAAAAGUGUCCCUGUGAUGCUGAAACAGAUCAAGCCCCAGAGGGGGAGAAGAAAAAUAGAUAGCUGCUGUUAAAACAAAAUUAUCCUUUAAGUCUGCUUAAUUACUUGAAAAUUGUACAUAUUACUAAAGAAUUAUGCAAUGAGCCUACUCUGGUUAAGAUGUUCUUUUCCUCAAAGGUGCCCUAGUGCCGUGAUUUAAAUAUUUUUAUUACCAUUUUGAAAUGGAGAAGCCAUUCUGCAUAUGCCUUUGAAUUCCUGCCCCUCUUUACCACCUCUUCCUCCCCCUCAAAGGAAAAACUUUCAUCCAAGUAAGUUAACGGCAUUUUCUGUAGGAUUUUCUUAUGCACUGCACACUCUGGACCUCACCUGCAGAUACAGUUCCCCCCUUGCCAGGAGCAUCUGCAUGUAGUACUUCUCUUUUCCCUCAGUUGAUAUUUCUUAUAUGAUAUUCUAGAUACUAUAGAACUCAAUUUGUCAGAUUCAGUAUAAGCUCAGAUUUUGUUACCUGUCUUUUAAUAAUGCAGAUUUUGUCAAAUCAAAUAAAGAUCAAUGGAUAUUGGGUAUAA